GCCACAAACCGCGGUGGGUUUUUUCCCUGGGACAACCCCAGCGUGCAUACCUGGACCUGCACCAGUGAGCGAGCCCCGACGUCCGACGACUGUUCAACCAAGCUCACUGCUCUGCCAAGGGAGGCGAUGGAAAUCUCCGUUCUACCCGCUUUUGCGGUUGUGCUGCAGGUUUCUUCUGUGUUUGCAAGCGCUUCCGGCGACGGUCCCUUGGACGAGGUCACCGUUCCGGGGAUAGUGUUAAUCGUCGCUGGAGCGGCAGUUCUUGGUAUAAUUGGACUGUGUGUACUUGGGUGGGGAUUGCUCUUACGCCUAUAUUUUCGUGGCUCAAGGCAGCAAUCUACAGACAGUACAAGGAGCACCGAAAUUGUCCAACUCCCAAACUUGCAUCAUGCCCGUCAGCUCUCCCCAGCAAGUCACUGCAGUACCUGCAGCACAAUUGGCCAUUCUUCUCCCAUUCCCACUAGACCCCACACCAAACGAUUGGCGGUCUACACUCAUCCCAUACAUCACCACUUUCCCACCUCCAAGAGCGAGUUGUCUGCCCUAAUGGCCAGUGGAAAACAGGCUACAAGGAGGGUGUCCUUUUCAAAUCCAGAACUAGCUGCGUACGGGUGCAAAACUAAGGCCCACCUGCCUACCAUUUCGGACGAGGCUAAUGUAGGCCAAGGCAACGGAGUCUCGUGCUAUCCGCUGUGUGAAUCUUACAUCCACGCCCCACAAGCAGCAACUCAGAGUGAUCCGUUACUUCUCUGCACAUCGAAUUCUAUGCCAGCUACUAACUCCCAUGGAAGACUGCCCACAGGAUGGCAACACGACAUCAAACCGUAUCAGUAAAAACUUUUUGGGAAGACGACAAUCCCCCAAACUCAUUCUGACUACUAAUUAAUAUUGUGUUUAUGGUGAAAUGGCAAAGAAAAGCUAAGAAUAAAACAUUAUAUAAUAUUAUCAUGCCAAACAGCACUGUAAAAACAGAGAUUCCCACUGCAAUGGAAAAGCGUCAUAAUAAUAGAUAAAGCAAGGCUGU